GCUCUAGCGCAAUCCGAUCUGUUUGGAGGGGUGUUCCGUUAUUUCUGUUAAGCCAUGUAGCAAUCCGAUGAAACCUUAGCUACUGUGCUUUGCCCAAGGAUACGAUGCAAAUAGCAAGUAGAGGCAACCGUUCCUGUGUAUUAAUUCCUGGACGCUGAUUUGAUUGGUUUUAGCCGUUGGAAGUUGCAAUUCCAACUAUUUAAUUAGAUUUAUUGGCGUAAACGUAGGUCAGAACUAAAAGGGAAAGCGACAGGUUUAGCGCUAAUUCGUAUUUAGUAUUUACAACGUAGUAUCGUCUUGUAGCGUCUUGGUUUCUAUCAAUGUCAUUUCUCAAAUCUAGGAAAGUACUAAAUUGAUCAAACAUGAUGGUGACGUGCUACCCACCUACUGUAGUAGAAGCAGUCAAUUCAUGAGGCGCUUGCUUUUGACAUCCACCCUACUCCUUCUCUGAUGUGGAUUUCCAGGAGGUUUCAUGUCAAGGAUUUUCAAAAAAGAUUAGGCGGCAAAUGAAUGACGAGGAAGCAUCCAUUUUUUACCCUUCUUCUUCUUCUGUGGCUGCCUAUAAGAAAGAGACCAAUCGAGCCUCCAUUGCCAAGAAGCAAUUGCCAUGGGAAGCCAUUCCAUCAAUUCCGAUCCCUCGCCGGUGCGCGUGGUUGGGCGGCGCACGGUGAAGCCGCCGCCCCGGCCGCGCGACCUCAUCCCCCUCACCACCUGGGACGUCUCCUUUCUCUCCGCCGACUACAUCCAGAAGGGCCUCCUCUACGCGCCGCCGCCCUUCCCCACCGCCCGCCUCGUCGAUCACCUCCAGGCCGCGCUCGCCGACGCGCUCGCAGCCUACUACCCCGUCGCCGGCCGAUUCGUUACGGAGAAGCACGGCGGCGGCUGCUCCGUCUCCAUCGACUGCGACGGCCAGGGCGUCGACAUCCUCCACGCCGUCGCGGACGGCGUCGCCGUCGCCGACGCCAUCCCUCCCGACGCCGACGUCCCGCGCCUCGUCCACUCCUUCUUCCCCCUCGACGGCGCAGUCAACCACGACGGCCACCACCUGCCCCUCUUCGUCGUCCAGGUCACCGAGCUCGCCGACGGCGUCUUCAUCGGCUUCGCCUACAACCACGCGCUCUCCGACGGCACCGCCUUCUGGGACUUCCUCAACGUCUGGGCGGGGAUCGCGCGCGCGCGCCUCCCCCUCCUCUCCGGCGGCAAGGAGGCGGCCUCAUGGGACUUCCAGCCCCCGCUGCUGGAGCGCUGGUCGCCCGACUCCGUCCCUGGACCGGUGGUGCUCCCGUUCCCCGAUCUCACGGGGCUCAUCGACCGCCUGUCCCCGCAGCCGCUGCGCGAGCGCAUGCUGCACUUCUCCGGCGAGUCCCUGGCGGCCCUCAAGGAGCGGGCGCGGCAGGAGCUCCUGGCGGCCGGGGACGCGGCGGGGGCGGCGGCCGUGACGAGGUUCCAGGCGCUGAGCUCGCUGGUGUGGCGCUGCGUCACCCGCGCGCGGAGCCUGCCGGCGGAGCAGCCCACCGCGUGCCGCGCCGCCAUCAACAACCGCGCGCGGCUCCGGCCGCAGCUGCCGCCCGACUACUUCGGCAACACCAUCUACGCCAUCUCCACGGAGGCGGUGCGCGCCGGGGAGCUGCUGGAGCGCGGCCACGGCUGGGCGACGGCGGCCAUGGGGCGCGCCGUGGCGGCGCACACGGACGCCGACAUCCGGGCGCGCGUGGCGGCGUGGAUGGCCAAGCCCGUCGUCUACACGAACCGCUACUUCGACCCCAACUGCGUCAUGAUGGGCAGCUCGCCGCGGUUCGACAUGUACGGCUGCGACUUCGGGUGGGGGAAGCCGCUGGCGGCGCGCAGCGGCAGGGCCAACAAGUUCGACGGCAAGGCGUCGCUGUACCCGGGCCGGGACGACGGCGGCGGCAUCGACGCCGAGCUGGUGCUCGCGCCGGAGCACAUGGCGCGGCUCGAGCAGGACCAAGAGUUCUGGGCGGCAGUCACGCCGGAUUCUCCUGCCUUGGGCCUUUGAUUUUGUUGCUUGCCUUGUUAUUGCAUUACAUGGUUGUUGUUGUUAUUAUCAGUGUUUCAUCAUCUGAGCCGACUUUUUUGUUUUUUAGCCCUUUUUGUGAAAGAUUCUCACAAAUAGGUCCCUGA